AUGGGUUCUGACCACCAUCUCGAGAUAGGAGAUAAAGUGCUCCAACUUCUAGAAGCUAUGCAGAAUCUGGUAGCGGAACCUAUUCGUGUUGACAGCCCAUUUGCCAAAGGGUCUCCAAGGGCUUGGCAACAAGGCUGGCCCGUCCGCCAAGAACUCUACCCACAUGGGGAACGAUUCGAAACACGCCCAGGCGGCUCCAUGGAUUAA